AUGGCUUCUCAAACUCCCGCUGUUGUCAUGGACAACGGUACCGGCUUCUCGAAAUUAGGCUUCGCCGGAAAUGAUGCCCCUUCCUUUGUAUUCCCCACGGCCAUUGCUAUGAAAAGUGGUGCUAGCGGCGCUGCAGGAGGAACGGGAUCAGGAAGACCGGCGGUUGCAAAUAAACCCUCAUUCCUCACCGGCGGUGCAGGACCAAGUUCCAAUCUGGCGGGCAAGCGGGGCACAGAAGACCUCGACUUCUUCAUUGGAGAUGAAGCACUUGCGGCGUCGGCUGGUCCUGGCUACAGUAUCAACUAUCCCAUCAGACACGGUCAAAUCGAGAAUUGGGACUACAUGGAACGGUUCUGGUCAAACUCCAUCUUCAAAUACCUGCGAGUUGAGCCCGAGGAUCACUAUUUCCUCCUGACAGAACCUCCUCUGAACCCUCCCGAAAACCGCGAGAACACGGCAGAGAUCAUGUUCGAGUCCUUCAACUGCGCGGGUCUAUACAUUGCUGUACAAGCCGUUCUCGCGUUAGCCGCCUCGUGGACAUCUUCGAAAGUGACCGACCGAUCUUUGACGGGCACUGUCAUCGAUUCCGGAGACGGUGUCACCCAUAUUAUUCCUGUUGCUGAAGGAUACGUUAUUGGCUCGUCGAUCAAAAGCAUACCAAUUGCUGGGCGGGAUAUCACAUAUUUUGUGCAGAGUCUAUUGCGGGACCGGGGAGAGCCGGACAGCAGUCUCAAGACAGCCGAGAAGGUCAAGGAGGAGUACUGUUAUGUCUGCCCCGACAUUGUCAAGGAGUUCGCCCGCUAUGACAAAGAACCCGAUAGGUUUCUCAAGCACACCGUGACCCAACCCAAUGGCAGGUCUAUCACGAUCGAUGUCGGCUACGAGCGAUUCCUCGCCCCCGAGAUCUUUUUCAAUCCUGAAAUCUAUUCUUCGGACUUCCUCACUCCCCUUCCCACCGUGGUCGAUGGGGUUAUCCAGUCAUCCCCGAUAGACGUUCGAAGAGGGCUCUACAAAAACAUUGUGCUGUCUGGCGGUUCGACUCUGUACAAGGAUUUUGGUCGGAGGUUACAGCGAGAUAUUAGACACUUGGUCGAUGCUCGUAUCAGAGCGUCGGAGGCUCGGAGUGGCGGAGCUAAGAGUGGUGGUUUGGAGGUCCAAGUUGUCACCCACAAACGACAGCGACAUGGACCAUGGUUUGGUGGCAGUCUACUUGGCCAAACACCUGAAUUCAGAAGUUACUGCCACACCAAGGCCGAGUAUGACGAGAUAGGGCCCAGCAUUGUCAGGAGGUUUGCUUUGCUGGGAGGCCCUGGUAGCACCUAG